CCGUGUGAAUGCUGGGGUUACCGUUUUCUUAAAGGUGACUCGGCUGGUUUAUUUACAUUUGGAUUUGGUUUAAUUUUAAAUUAAAAUCAUGCCGCACGGACACUCGCACGAUCACGGUGGAUGCAGCCAUGAGGCCACGGACGUGGACCACGCCCUGGAAAUGGGCAUAGAGUACAGUUUGUACACCAAAAUCGACCUGGACAACACGGAGUGUCUGAACGAGGAGACGGACGGCCAGGGAAAAAGCGUUUUCAAGCCCUACGAAAGGCGCCAGGAUCUCUCAAAAUUCGUCCAGAGCGACGCGGACGAAGAGCUCUUGUUCAAUAUCCCCUUCACCGGAAACGUUAAGCUCAAGGGAAUCAUCAUAAGCGGUGCCAAUGAUGAUUCGCAUCCCAACAUGGUCAAAAUCUUUAAGAACCGCCCCAGAAUGACCUUCGACGAUGCAAAAGCUAAGCCCGAUCAGGAAUUCCACCUAACCCGCGAUGUCCGUGGAGAAAUCGAGUACUCACCCAAAGUAGUCACCUUCUCAUCCGUGCACCACCUCUCGCUUUACUUCCCUAGUAAUUUUGGUGAUGACAAUACUCGCAUUUAUUAUAUAGGACUCCGAGGGGAGUUUACUGAAGCUCAUUAUCAUGGUGUAACCAUUUGCAAUUACGAAGCUCGUGCCAAUGCCGCAGAUCACAAGGAUAAAGCUUUCGAUGGAGUAGGAAGAGCCAUCCAAUAAAUUAGAACUGGACUGCUUUUAUGUUAUUUAAAAUUCGCAAUUUAAUUGAGUAUCUGUGUGAAGUAUAUUUUGUGAUCAUUUAAGGCAUAAAAUGUAUUUCCUUAUCAUUUAAA